AUGGAAGCAGCCUCCGCGCGCUACGCCUCCCGCGACCGCUUCGCAUACCCCCAUGAACCCGCUACUACCCCUCUCCAACGAUAUAUCCAAAAUGCCUGUUCUCCCGAGAACUUUGAGCCCAAUCUUGCUUUGUGCCUGGAGAUCGCGGAUCUGAUCAAUGCCAAGAAGGGCGGAGCGCCGCGCGAGGCAGCAGUCGCAAUUGUCGGCUAUGUCAAUCAUCGGAAUCCUAAUGUCGCUCUCCUGGCAUUGAGCCUGCUGGACAUAUGUGUGAAGAAUUGUGGUUAUCCUUUUCACCUCCAAAUUUCUACGAAGGAGUUUCUCAAUGAGCUUGUCAGGCGCUUCCCGGAACGGCCGCCUCUACGGACUACCCGCGUUCAGAAUAGGAUCUUGGAGCUUAUCGCCGAAUGGAAGCAGACAAUAUGCACAACGAGCAAGUACAAGGAGGAUCUAGGAUUCAUCCGGGAUAUGCAUAGGCUGCUGCAUUUCAAGGGUUACCAGUUUCCGCAGAUCCGGAAGGAAGAUGCCGCUGUGCUCAACCCGAGCGACGGCUUGAAGAGUGCUGAAGAAAUGGAGGAGGAGGAGAGGGCGGCUCAAAGUGCAAAGCUGCAGGAGCUGAUUCGAAGAGGCACACCGCAUGACCUGCAGGAAGCCAACAAGUUGAUGAAGGUCAUGGCAGGAUACGAUACCCGGCACAAAACAGAUUACAGGGCGAAGGCCGCGGAGGAAGUGGGCAGGGUGCAGCAAAAAGCAAGGUUGCUGGAGGAGAUGAUGCAGGAUCACAAAACCGGCGAUCAGCUCCAAGAAGGAGAUGUUUUUGAAGAGCUGGCCAGUGCUCUUGCAAGUGCGCAUCCCAAGAUUCAGAGGAUGUGUGAAGAAGAGAGUGAGGAUCACGAAGCUGUCGCGAAGCUCUUCGAGAUCAACGAUUCGAUACAUCGAACCCUGGAGCGAUACAAGCUUAUGAAGAAGGGUGACAUUGACGGCGCAAAUGCGAUUCCGAAGGGUACAUUGGGAGUCAGCGGUGCUGGCGUGAAGACGGGACCUGACAACGAGCUUUCACUCAUCGACUUUGGAGGACCUGAAGACAGUGCACCAGCAGAGCAACCUUCAACAGGCGCGCAAACGGCAGCACCCGAAGCAUCCAAGGCGAAGGGCAAUGCGCUAGAGGAUGACUUGCUUGGCCUUAACAUGGGAGACGGAAAUUAUGGCCAAGGCGGCGGUAUCUCGCUGGGUCCUUCAAACGGUACCAUGGACAUCAUGGCACAAUUUAACCAGCCUCAGACCGCGUCCAAUUCGAUUUUCAAUACCCAGCCAAAAUCGAUGGCCCCUCAAACAGCUUCUGCGCCUCAGGCGCCAACGCCCGCGAACUUUGGUAUGUUCGCCUCUGGCUCGCAGCCACCUUCGAAGCCUGCGACACCUUUACCGCAGGCCGUCCAACAUCAAGCGAAGAAGUCUGACCCGUUUGCCUCGCUUGCAACACCACCACGACAAUCGUCUCCCUUCCAACAUGCUCCGUCCAAGUCUCCGGUACCGCCAACAUCUCAGCCGGUUGACUUGCUCGGAAUGGGAAGCAGCAAUGGGAUUUCCGCUCCACCAGCUGCGGCGCCUGCUGCUUCUCACGAUGAUGAAUGGGAAUUUAGUUCAGCCCUUCCCGACCAGCCUACAGAGAUCACGGUGACAAAUAGCUCCAUCAAGACGCAAUUCACCGUUAACAGACAAAACGACACCGAGUUGGUCAUCCAGAGUCGGAUAUCCAACAAUACUCCCUCACAAAUCAACGAUCUGACGUUUCAGUUGGCAGUAACGAAGGUAUGCAGUUCUGUUCUUUGCUUAGAUCAAUACUAAUCACCCUCAUGCAGGGCUACACACUCAAGCUCGAGCCGCAAUCCAGUCGCGAUCUUUCGCCACACCAACAGAAUGGCAUCACACAGACGAUCAGAUUACAAGGCGCAGAACGUGGGAAAGGCACAAUGAUCAAAAUGCGUUGGCGAGCCAGCUACAAUGAGGGAGGCAAGGCAAAGAACGAGCAGGGAGAAAUCAAUGGACUGGGAUUGUCUUGA